AUGAGACUAAAGAUAUUAUCAUUGCUUUUGAUCUUAUUUAUUAAUCAAUGUUUAUGUCAAAGAGGUUUUCCAACACAAUUUCAAGCAACAUUGAAUAUUAGUGGAUUAUAUUCAUGGCAAACACCAACUCAAGGUCUCCAACAAUUAUUAUAUGAUUAUGAAAAUCUAAGAGUUCGUUUUGAUAUACAAGGCUGGAGAUUGAAACAAAACGAAACUUACAUGAUUAAAUAUAAACCUGAAGGUGCUGAAGCAGAUUCACCAGCUUCACAAGGUUUUACAAUAUUCAAUUUCAAUCCUGAUUAUCCAGAAUUUACAAAAAACGAUUGUUGGUACAGAACAGAUCCAAUGAAUGAUAUCGGUCCAUUUCCUAUGAGCUGGUUUUAUAAUUCAGAAACUCAUACUGAAAUUCAACUAUGGUUUCCAUUACCAUCAAAUCUGACUAAUAAGGGUGAAGAAUGGAUACCUGAAAUUCAACAAAAUGCAACAAGAUAUGAUUCACCAGAAAUAUGUGAUUUAGAACGAUCCGGUAUUGGUAAAGUUCCAUGCUUAAGUUAUUUUGAAACACAAGAUAGACCAGUUAAAACCAUUCGUGCACGUGCUGCUCAUGGUGAUUUUGAUAGCGAUGAAUAUAUAAGUACAAUUUAUUUAUUAUUUACACAUGGUAUUCCACCAGAAGCUGAAAGUUUGUUUAAUUUACCUAAUCAAUGGCCCUCCUAUUGUGGCAAUGCAAACACAGGUUUUACUAUAGAACCUUUACAUGGAUUUGUGGUAACUCCAGAUGGUCAAGAUCAUUUCACAUUAACAUUACAAACAUCACCAGUUCAUUCACUAGGUGAUCAAGUCAAAGUCGAGUUUAAAGUACAACCAAAUUGGUAUUACAAUGGUACAAGAUGUGCUAAAUUCAAUACGAUUGUUUUCGAUCGAGAAAAUUGGCAAAAACCCCAACAAGUAGAUAUGUCCUUUAUUGAUUAUGGUUGUUGCACAUAUGUAGUUACUGCAAAAGGUGGUGGAUAUGAAUGGCAAUAUGCAGUAUCAUCAUUUGUUGUUUACGCAUGUGAUGGACAAGCUGGAUAUGGUUGCAAAGGCAAAGAACCGUGUGGAGCCUAA